UUUGUCUAAAUUUCAAAGAAAAUUUUUCUGCCCCUUACGUAUUUGGGGCAAAAGGCAUGGACGCUUCAACUUGUCCGUCUCAUUACAUCUGAUACAAUCUGACAGUCACCCUGAGAUCGGUCGAAAAACACUUACCCUCGUCGCCGUCCUACCUUCACCACCGCCGCCGCCACCACCACCACCAGCAGCAGCAGCACCACCACCAUCAUCAUCAUCAUCCUCAUUGUCACUGGUUUUAAUUGUCACGCUUCGUCUUUCUUUCUUUCUUGUUGUCCUCUAAGUUCUUCCUCUUCUGCCUCUUCCUCCUGUUUACUGUUGCUGUCCUUUUUUUAUUUCUCUCUUCCUCUUCUUCUUCUUCGAACGACGGUGGCGGCGGCGGCGGUCUCGUUCGUAGGAAGGUGUAGUGUUGUUUAUUUGUUUAUACAAGCUGUACCCCGGUUUCAUAUCUUCUUAGUAACAAAAUGAAUACGUUUCGCAGUGUGUGUGGGUAUUACGGGUGGAUUUCAAAGCGAAUUUUUGUAAUGGUGUAAGCAAGGUUUCGGUUAGGGUUAUGGGAGCAAAACUGAUGAGGUCGUAGAAACAUAAACAAAAUCUCAAAUCCAAACACACACACACACACACACACACACGCAUACACACCUUGCUGCCUGUCUUUCUCUCUUACACACGUUUACAUAUACCCCUUUGCUCUCUCUUUCUCUCUUACACAUAUUUACACGUACACCUUGCUCUUUCUCUCUCUUUCUCUGGCACAUACAAUUUGCUACCUCUCUCUCUCUCUCCCUCUCUUUUUCCUCUCUCUUCCCCCUUUUACACGCACCUUGCUCUGUUUUUCACACACACACACACAUACAUACAUACACCUUGCUUCUUUUUUUUCUGUUUCUUACACAUACACACACACGUUGCUCUCUUUACUCCGUUCUUCCUUUCUCUCUCUCUCUCUCUCUCUCUCACACACACACACACAUUGUACUAUUGUUAAUACUACACCAGAGGCAACGAUGACGUUGAUACGUUGAUGACGAUAAUGAUGAUGCUGACGGGAAACCAUACUAUCGUGAUGAUGCUGGCAAUGGUGGCGUUGGUCCGUUUCCCCUCCUCUUCCUGCGAGGCUUCCUUUUAGUUUUCCCCUUAUAUUCAUUGUAUUUCCACUGUCACAACAAAGAAGCGGCGAGGAGGCUGCUUGCUCACGUAGAUAUUUAUUUAUUUACCUUCAUUUAUUAUUAUUAUAUGAUUAUGGUUUUAUAAGGACCUUCGGGUUUUUUCCUUCUCUUUUUUCAUUCAGUCAGUUAUUUCUUCAUCGAUUCAUUCAUUCCUUCAUUAAUAUAUACUUCCUUUCAUUCAUUCAUUUAUUCAUUCAUUCCUUUUUUUAUUUUGUUUUUCUUCAUCUUGUUCGCCUUCAUUCUCUUUUCCUUUUUCCUUCUUCUCCAUCGUUUUCGUCUCAUCAUCUUCAUUCAUUCUUAAUCUUCUUCAUCAUCGUCAUCAUCAUCUACUUUAACUUCUUCCACGACCACCACCACCAACACCACCACCAGCAUCAUGGCACUCGUUACUAAGCCACUUCAAACCCGUCCACACCACUGCACGCCACCAAACUCUACAUCACACCUCUAUCACACGCACACAUAUACACACACAUAACGCACACAUGCACACACAAACACACACACACAUAACCACACUAUACCUUCUCCCUUUCUAGUGGUGUCGAUCGGCUCUUAAUUCCGUGGCUCACCACACACACACGGACACACAUAAACACACGAGACGUAAAGCAACCAGCUCAACAGUGUCGCCGUGUCGCCGUCUUCUCUUUGUGUGUCGCAGUGACCAUCCCAGAUCAGGAGGUAUUUACCCACCGAUUACUGUCAACAACACCAGAGCAGUUUGAUGAUGGACGUUAUUCAGAAGAUGGAACAAGGUGUCAGAGAGAACAAUGACACUGUACCAAGAUUCAACCAAACUUUAUCGGUCAAAGAUUUCCAAGACAUUCUAUCGGAGAAUAACCACUGGAUGGAACCGUCGACCGAAGUGUGUCUUAUAGUGGCCUAUUCUCUCGUUAUGAUAUUUGGCAUAGUUAGCAAUUUCCUAGUUUGCUAUGUCGUAUAUCGGAACAAACAACUAUGGUACCCGCUCAACUUCCUCAUUGUAAACUUGGCUAUAUGUGAUGUGUUUCUCAGUUUCAGCCUACCGUUGACACUAUCGAAGCUAAUUCUUCAGUUCUGGAUCUUCGGAAACAUUAUGUGUAAAAUUACCUCGGCAGUACAGACUUUGGUAACGUUUGUGUCAACGUUUACGAUUGUAUCGAUUGCUAUCGAACGAUACCACAUCAUUGUGAACAAUAAAAACAGAGCAAAGACUAACCAGGCCAUUGUCGUUGGCAACAUUUUGGUAAUCUGGACGGCAGCGCUUUGCUUAAGCAUCCCCAUGUUUAUAUUCCAUCGCGUCGACAAAAAGGAGAUCAUACCAACACUGCUCGUCUACGAGAUAUGCAUCGAGACGUGGUCAUCGUAUGUCGCUCGUGCCACUUUUACAUCCUGUCUUGUACUGUUACAGUAUCUAUUCCCCUUGAUUCUUAUCAUCGCGAUGCACUACCAAAUCUACAAUUACUUGCGGCAACAGAUCCUGAAAAGUUUCAUCUAUGACAAACGGACUAUAAAGAUCUACAAACGCAACAAGAGGAACCUUAUCAUUCUCACGACCACCACCAUGACGUUUGCCAUCACAUGGCUCCCAGUUACCAUUUUAAAUGUUCUGGUGGAUUAUGACCACCGGCUCUUCGGUGGAUCGAACUUCAAUCUCACCUACUCCAUAUGUCUUUUGAUAGCCAUCAGUUCAGUCUCCAUUAACCCUAUUGUCUAUGGGUUAUUAAAUAGCAAAUUUAGGGCAGCACUUUCUGAUAUUUCGCCCUUUACCAUGCUGUAAAAAAGAAGGGGUUGAGCACUGUGGGGUUUGCUAAAUAUUUAAUUCUUGUGUUAUUCUAGGAAUGUUGCAAUCUCCAAACUGAAUUGACUUCUUGAACUUAAUAACUAUUUUUCCCUGAUAUUUGCAAUGUUAUUACAAUGUGUAUACAUGCAGGUGAAUGUUAAACAUACUGAUGAAUAUUUUAUAUAAUAUAUGCAUAUAUAUAUAUGUGUGUGUGUGUAUAUAUAUAUAUAUAUAUAUAUGCAUGUAUUUGUGCUUGUGUGCGUGCAUGUGUGUAUAUAUGUGUAUGUCUGGAUUGGUAUAAUUUGGAUACAAAAGACACACAUAGAUAAACUUAUGUAUGUAUGUAUGUGUAUAUAUAUAUAUACAUAUGUAUACAUGCACAUACAUAUACACAGUGUAAUAUAUAUGUGAAAGCAUUAUAUGUAUUGUAUAGUUGUAAAAUGUCUAUGACAUCCUCUUCCGAAAGGUAAUUAUUGUACAUUCAGGUAAGUCAUAUCUGUCUUGAAACCACAAACUGAUAUAUAUAUAUAUAUGUUUGUA